GAGGGAGGGAGGCUGUGGCGGCGCCGCCCUCUGGAGAGGGAGCCGGCGAGAGGCUGGUGUGAAGAGCAGCAUCUCAAUGAGGGACGGGCUAAUGCAAAUCGCCGCAAUCACCAGCAGACAGUAGAAGAAAGGCGAAGCAGCUGCCGCCCAGCCUCAGCAGCAGCACCGGCCGGCCGGGGGGCCAGAAGACACAUAACAAAAGGCAUCCGAGCUGCUCUCUGCGACCACAGUUGCAAUCAAAGCAGGGUGGCAGAGUUGCUGAUCGGAAACCCAGCACCCCCUUCACAACCAGCCUACUUAGGUUUGGGGCAGAGGCGCUUCCAGCCCCAACCCCCCCAAGAAAUAGAUUUACAUCAAAGAUGUCCUUUGGAAGAGAUAUGGAGCUGGAACACUUUGAUGAGCGUGAUAAAGCACAGCGAUAUGGCAGAGGGUCACGGGUAAAUGGUCUGCCUAGCCCUACCCACAGUGCCCACUGCAGCUUUUACCGAACCCGCACUCUACAAACGCUCAGUUCUGAGAAAAAAGCCAAGAAAGUUCGUUUCUAUCGCAACGGAGACCGGUAUUUUAAAGGGAUUGUCUAUGCCAUCUCCCCCGACCGGUUUAGAUCUUUUGAGGCCCUGUUGGCUGAUCUGACUCGAACUCUGUCUGAUAAUGUGAAUCUGCCCCAGGGAGUGAGAACAAUCUACACCAUUGAUGGUGCCAAGAAGAUUUCCACCUUGGACCAGCUAGUGGAAGGCGAAUCUAUGUGGUGUGGUUCAAUAGAACCUUUCAAAAAACUGGAGUACACAAGAUGUAACCCAAAUUGGUCAGUGAAUGUUAAGACAACAUCCACUUCCCGUACGGUGCCGUCUCUUGCCGCUGCCAAAGAUCCUUCAGAUGCAAGAGAGAAUAAAGAUUUCAUUAGGCCUAAACUGGUCACCAUCAUCAGGAGUGGUGUGAAGCCACGUAAAGCAGUCCUUCUGCUUAAUAGGAAGACAGCACAUUUUGAACAUGUUCUUACUGAUAUAACUGAUGCCAUCAAGCUGGAUUAGGGAGUAGUUAAACGCCUGUACACACUGGAUGGAAAACAAGUGAUGUGCCUUCAGGAUUUCUUUGGUGAUGACGAUAUUUUUAUUGCAUGUGGACCAGAAAAGUUCCGUUACCAGGAUGAUUUCUUGCUAGAUGAAAGUGAAUGUCGGGUAGUGAAAUCUACUUCCUAUACCAAAAUAGCUUCAACAUCACGUAGGAGCACCACGAAGAGCCCAGGUCCAUCUAGACGCAGCAAGUCUCCUGCCUCUACCAGCUCAGUUAAUGGAACCCCUGGUAGCCAGCUUUCUACUCCCCGCUCUGGGAAGUCUCCAAGCCCAUCUCCUACCAGCCCAGGAAGCCUGCGAAAACAGAGGAGCUCCCAACAGAGUGGUUCCUCUACCUCAUUAGCAUCCACCAAAGUUUGCAGCUCCAUGGAUGAAAAUGAUGGACCUGGAGAAGAAGUGUUGGAAGAAGGCUUCCAGGUCCCAGCAUCAAUAGCAGAAAGAUAUAAAGUUGGAAGGACUAUAGGAGAUGGGAAUUUUGCUAUCGUAAAGGAGUGUAUAGAAAGGUCAACUGGUCGAGAAUAUGCUCUGAAAAUUAUUAAAAAAAGUAAAUGUAGAGGAAAAGAGCACAUGAUCCAGAAUGAAGUAUCUAUUUUAAGAAGGGUCAAACAUCCCAAUAUUGUUCUUCUGAUUGAGGAGAUGGACAUGCCAACUGAGUUGUACCUUGUCAUGGAGCUUGUAAAGGUGCGUAUUUUGGAGGAGAUCACCCACAUACGUGAAUCCGAUAUAGGAUUGUAUCAGCAUCUUCAGGCAUUUUACCCAUCUAUUGUCAUAUGUUAUUGGAGGAGACCUUUUGAUGCCAUCACCUCCACUAAAUACACAGAGCGGGAUGCCAGUGGGAUGCUGUACAAUCUGGCCAGUGCCAUCAAAUACCUCCAUAGCUUGAACAUUGUUCACAGGGAUAUCAAACCUGAGAAUCUACUGGUUUAUGAACACCAAGAUGGAAGCAAGUCUCUGAAGCUGGGAGACUUUGGGCUGGCAACAAUAGUGGAUGGUCCUCUUUACACAGUCUGUGGGACCCCUACAUAUGUAGCUCCAGAAAUCAUUGCAGAAGCUGGAUAUGGCCUGAAGGUGGACAUCUGGGCAGCUGGUGUGAUUACCAUCCUGCUGUGUGGCUUUCCUCCAUUCCGUGGAUGUGGAGAUGACCAGGAAGUGCUUUUUGAUCAUUUGAUGGGACAGGUCGAUUUCCCAUCUCCAUACUGGGAUAAUGUUUCUGAUUCUGCAAAGGAACUUAUCACCAUGAUGCUUCAGGUAGAUGUAGAUCAGCGAUUCUCAGCCUUGCAAGUUCUUGAACAUCCGUGGGUUAAUGAUGAUGGCCUUCCAGAGAAUGAGUAUCAGCUUUCAGUAGCUGGGAAGAUAAAGAAGCAUUUCAAUACAGGGCCUAAACCCAACAGCACAGCAGCUGGAGUUUCCUGGACCACGGGUUUACCAUCAAGAGAUCAGGGUCUUUGGACUACUACCAACAACCAGAAUGUAUUGGAUAAGACCACCGCUCUUGAUAAGGAGAGGCAGGUUUUCCGACGAAGACGCAACCAGGAUGUGAGGGGAUGUUAUAAGACUCAGCAAGCUCCACCUGAACUCAACUCUGAAUCGGAAGACUAUUCACCAAGUUCAUCCGAGACUGUUCGCUCACCUAACUCACCCUUUUAAUAAAACACUUCUGCUCAAAGUCUUGGUUUAACCCUUUGAGAUUCUGAAAAUCCUCCAAACCUGUGUGAAACGGUUACAUCUGCUCUAUCUAGCACUAAUGCGCAAAUGAUGGAACAGAAAAGGGUGUUUACAGUAUCUUUGUAAUAGUAAUUUCCUAACUGACUGAAAUGAUACUUGUGCUCUGUCUAGAUUGUGACUUGCUGCUAAAAUGAUCCUCAAAGGGUUAAGACUAUUUUGCAUUUUUUUAAGAUAAGAGCAAUGAAUGUUUUCAUCAGUCAUGCUAGGACCAGCAGUUUGUAAUUUUAGCACAUGUUAACCCUCUGAGUGCAUAGUAAUCUUUAACUUUGAUGGCCCACACUAGGGCUUUAUUGACUUAUAUGCACAAAUCUUACCCCCAUCUCCUUAGUUCUUUCCCCAGUUUUCCCAGGCCAAAACAAUAUCCAAAUGCUACUCUAUUUGAGUGUUUGCAAAUAGGGGCUUUUUAAAAAUCUUGUUUUAGAGCAUCAGAGGGGUAGCCGUGUUAGUCUGGAUCUGUAAAAGAAGCAAAGA